AUGGCAUCUUCCACAGAGGCAGGGCUGUGUUUCAUCUGCCAAAACAGUUUAGCAGAAGGUGAAGUGAAUGUAGUUAAAGCGAAAGGUGUUGCCAGACUUCUCGACUCUAGUGUCAAACGAAAAAAAUCUGCAGAUGAACAGUUCCUGAAAAAUCUUAAGCAAGUGACAGUUCACAGUGCUUGUCAAAAAAAGUACAAUAACGAGGGGAUGAUAAAGGCUUCAUUACGUCGCGGACAUGACGCUCCUCGGCCCUCUCUCAGAUCGUACCGAUCAGAAAGAGCGCCAUUUGAUUUCAACAAUAGGUGCUUUUUAUGUGAGGAUGUGAUUACAGAUGAAUACAGAAAAAGACAGGCCAAGUUGCCAAUCGACAGGCGCAAUGGUACGGUUAAAGUGACGCUUCGUGAAGUAGCAAACACGAUUUUGGCGUAUGCACAAAAGCGAGGUGAUGAGUGGGGACAAAAAAUUGAAGAUCGUGUUUCCCAGUUGAAUAAUCUGAACACAGAUCUAGUAGCAGUUAAUGCGGAAUACCAUCAAAAGUGUCUCCAAACAUUUUAUCAAUUACCUUCACGUGUCCAAAAAAGGGGACACUGUCCAGCCACCUACGUCGACGAAGCCAUGGAAAUUAUUUUCAAGUUUCUUGAAGACAAUAGUGAAGAGUGUCAAUUUUCCGUUGGACAGUUACUCGAUCUGGUACCUGAAGACUGUCGUCCACAUCCAAAAACCUUGAAAAGACGCCUAGAGGGUAAAUACGGUGACGACAUAAUCAUCUCUGAUUCACCCAACAGAGAGUGUAUCAUCUGCUUCAAAAACACUGGUCACAAAAUUUUGUCAGACAACUGGUACGUGAACGAAAAAAAAGGAGACCCAAAAGAAGAAAGGCUCCGGGUUGUUAAAACUGCUGGAAAAAUUAUUUUAGAGGAUAUUCGUUCGAAAAUGUUCAGCACUGUCGCUUACCCUCCAAUAGAUAAUUUUUUAGGUGAUUCCCAUUCUGUUGUACCCGAAACUCUGCUUCUCCUACUACACACUAUUAUCUUGACAAACAAACGCAGUUCUAUGAAUUCUUGGAAAAUUAAAUGUCUUGCUCUAGCGCAUGCCAUAUUGAUAGCCGUGCGGCCAAGAUCUUUCUUAUCUUCUAUAAUGAUCGCAGUAGCCACAUAUGUAUACAAAAAGUUUGGAUCCAGACAUUUGCUGAACCUUUUAGCCACUUUAGGAUUUUCAGCUCCUUACACAGAAGCAACUAGGCUCGAAGGAUCCUACGUUCUGCAAGCGGAAAGGACCGAAAUCGAUGAGUCAGUCAAUCCAUUCAGUCAGUUUAUCUUCGACAAUGCUGACUUUAAUGUGAACACAUUGGAUGGGCAUGGCACUUUCCACGCCAUGGGAGGAAUUAUGGCAGUGACCCCUCGGAAAGCAGUAACCUACGAAAGAGAUGUAGCUCGCCUGAAAGCGCAUGUAUCAGCAUCUGACUUGGUAAACAAAGCUGGCAGUGUGAGGGUUGAGUCAUAUCACAGGCCAACCAAUGGAGGAUUGAAAACCGUCAAAGUAAAGGACAUCAAUAUCAGCUCCUUACAGGAUGUUGUGCCGUCUGCGUCUGAUGUCGCCUGGCUUUAUGGCAAGAACUCAUCUUUCUCAUCAUCAGUACCUGGCUGGAAUGGUUUCAUGGAGCUGGGGACACAUUCUGAGAAAUAUGAAUGUUCUAAAAUAGUAUGCCUCCCUUUUAUUAACGCACCUCCUAGCGAGUACGCAACAGUAUACACAUCCAUUCUGGUUGCAAUUGGUGAAUGUAAGGCACUGAAUCAGAAAACAUGUGUCGUCACUUAUGACCAGCCUCUGUACUGGAAGGCCCGUGAUGUGGUAGCAAAUAACUCUUUUCCAGAGCUAAAUAGCGUCGUCGUGAGGCUUGGAGGCUUCCACCUUUUGAUGUCAUUCAUGGGUGCGAUGGGGACCAUUAUGGCUGGAAGUGGAUUGAAAGAGCUGUUUUGCAUGGUUUACGCUGGAAACAGUGUUGAUAAGAUCUUGUCUGGACAUGCGUAUGCCAGGGCUAUUCGAUCCCAUUUCCUCACCCAUGCUGCGCUGGCUGGUUUAAUUAUUGAACGGUUGGAAUUGACCCCGGAAGAAGUAUCUGCGCUAGAUACAGUUAUCAAUUCUCCUGAAAGAUCCAUCAUUCUGAGGGCACAUAGAGAUCCGGUGAUCCUUGCAGUGACUGACAAAUUCUCAGCAAUUCUGAAAAAAAUUGAGAAUAGUGGCCGAACAGCUAGACUGUGGAUUCAAUAUUUCCGUAUGUGUACCCUAAUGAAAAAUUACAUCCAAGCUGAGCGGAUGGGGGACUGGAACCUCCACCUGGAGUGUGUCAGAGAUAUGAUACCUUACUUCCAUGCAGCAGGUCAUUUGAAUUAUGCCAAAAGUGCACACCUCUACCUCCAAGACAUGCUCAGCUUAGAAAUGAAAAUGGAUCCUGAUGAAUAUCAUAAGUUUACCACUGAAGGCUACUUUACUAUCCGUAGAACUGAUAAAUUCUGGUCUGGCAUAUGGUCGGACAUGACCAUAGAGCAGGUUCUAAUGAGAGCGAUGAAAAGUUAUGGCGGGCUGACCCGUGGACGCGGCGUAACUGAUAGUGUGCUUUCUCGAUGGAUUGUUGGUAUGCUAUGUCUCCAACACAUCUGUGAUCAGAUAGAGAUGUUUACCGAUGUCCGCUCAGCAACAUCUGAACAACAUGUGGAUAUGCGGCCUUCCCGUGUAACCAGAGAUAAUGUUGAUAUCGAGAAACUGAGAAGUUGGUUUGCUGAACAUCCACCAUUUCUUGAAAUCGAGGAACUUGUGUCACUAAGCACAGGUGCUAUUGCUGAUGAAGGGGUGAACUGUCACAUGGCGCGAGAAAUCGGCAUCAGCUGCAUGAAGAAAAUGGUGGGAGAAAAUUUUGAAGAAGUAAAGUUAAAACGGAAGAAUAAGGUGUUAACUUUAGCCUCAGUUUCCAGUGUUCUGAAAAUCAAAAACAAAAAAUUCACAGUUGACCCUCUAACUCUUUUUCAACGAGUUUGCAUUACCAAACAGUCUGCUGAGGAUCUCAAUGAAUUAUUCAGAUUCGAGCUUGCACCAUUUCCCAUGUCCCUCUUCAGUGAGGAAGGUAUGAUGCGCAAGGGCAAAAAGUCAGCGUUAUACGAAGCAUUCACUUCUGUGAAGGAAGAAUACCUUGGCAGCAGAAAGUGUGCAGUAAUUGAUGGUGGGUACUUGCUGCAUAAGGUUGUAUGGGUUAGCGGGUGUGACACUACAUCGAACCCUUUUGGAGUGGGAAAGAAGAAAGUCCUCUCUAUUUAUGAGAAAAACCAUUUUCUGUCUGACAUUGUUAGUGUUUUCAAAGAUGAAGAUGCAACACCACGCCAAAUUUCGGUAGCAGGAGAAAAAUUUCUUGUGGCACUCUAUGGUGGAAACAUAGACACAGACACUGUGGACGAUCUUCGCUACCGAAUAUUCUCGAACUCUGUGGCAAAAUCCAGAUUUCACCUUGCUCGAUUGCCCCCUACACGAGACGCUGCCCGGUACCAUUCUUUUAGGACUUAUUUACAAGUGCAGACGUGGCUGGGCAACGAAAAGUCACCGUCUGUUUGGGGCUGGACUCUCACAAAACGAGGGUUGAUACCCAUAACAACGACCACAGAUGCAGCUCCAGAAAAGUUGCUGCACAUGAUACAAUGUAAGUGCACGACAGGUUGUAGCACCGGAGCUUGCAGCUGCAAAAAAGCAGGACUCCGGUGUUCAGCCAUCUGCAAGAAUUGUGCAGGAAAUGCUUGUGAGAAUUCGCCUGAAACCGAACUCAAAGAGGAAGAUACCGACAUUGAGUGCGACGAGGAGGUCGACAUGGAUGAGACCAUUGCUCAGGACGAAGAUGCCGACCUGCCAUUGGGAACAACAAAGUGA